AUGGAGGAGGGCUGGGACUGUGGCGCUCCAUCACAAUCAGCAGAUCAGAGUUCUGGCGCUCCAUCACAGCCAUUGGAUCAAAGGUUAGAUGGGGGCACAUGCAGAAUGUCAGCGAGUUCCACCCCUGGAAAUGAGACUGUCCCCUCAAGCGCAUCAGCUGAAACACAAAGUUCAGUAUCAGCUCCCGGUGAUAUGGCAAUUGGACUGCAUGAACCACAAGGCAGCAAUGGGAAAACAAGAGGUGGAAAGAGGAAAACCAGAGAGAGGAAUGGAAACAAUGGUGCCCUCACCUCAGAUUCAACAGCUGAAAGAGAGACAUCUGGAUCACCCGUUGAGUUGGCGAUUGUACCACAUGAAUCAGAAGGGAGCAAGGGGAAACCCAGAGGCAGAAAGGGUAAAGAUGUAACCUCUUCAACUCCAUCAAUUGAAAGUGAAACACCUGUAUUGCCUAGUGAGGAUAUGUCAGUUGUUCCUCAUGAUCCAGAAGGUACAGAUGGUCAAACAGAACGUAAAAAGUGUAAAAAGAGAGGCAGGCAUUUUGAUCGGGAAGUUCGAGCGCAUAUUUUACAGCUGGUUAAUAGAGACUUCUGCUGGCGCUGCCAGUUGGGGAGUUAUCUUAGUAAAGCAGAGAAGAUGUCAGAGAUCAUGGUAAAGCAAGAAGAUGACAAACGUGCAGCAAGGCUGCACUCAUUCAGUGGUGAUUCUGUGAUGUCCAAAGGCUCUAAGGCAUCGGCGGAGAAAAUUGACUUGGCAAAAUCUCUUAAAUACAACAGUGCCCACAGUGCCCCCUGGAAGAACAAAGCUUCGAAAUCUGACGAACACAUGCCUAUAGUUUAUCCAGAAGCAAUUCUUUGUGUCGAAAUUUAUGAGUGCAGGCAUGGCUCUGUGAAAAAUCAGGAAUUUCUUGUGUUGGGGAGCCAGCUCCUCACAGAUCUGAAGGACAAUAUUUACUGUUCGACUAAUAAGUUGAUGGAGUUGAACAAGCUACACAAUCAUUCUGGCUAUUUUCUUAUUGAGGACACGUUCUACAAUGACACUAGACAUUAUUCUGCCGUUGAUUACAGUAAGCCUAUACUUGACUGGCUUGACAAUUCCAGUGAUGAGGUGGCGGAGAAGUGGGACGCCAUUAGUUCUGGCGUGUUGAAGAAACGACAAAAGGACUUAUUGAAGGGCUUGCAUAUUUCAAAUGUGCCCGAGUUUAAAUCUGCAAACAUGCAAAGUACCUACUUUUCAGACCUGCACUUCCGGCUUGGUGCCGGGUACCUCUACUGCCACCAGGGGAACUGCAAGCACACGUUUGUGAUUAGAGACAUGAGGCUGAUCCACCCGGAGGACACGCAGAACCAAGCGGAGUACCCUCUCAUGACGUUCCAAAUGCAGAGGCGUUUCCAGAAGUGUUCAGUGUGCCAGAUCUACCUCGCCACGAAGAUGACGGUGGACGAUAAAUGGGCUCCCAAUAAUCCCUGCUAUUUCUGCAAGCAGUGCUACUACCUCCUCCACUACAAGGAGGACGACUCGCUGUUAUACCAUCAUACCGUGUAUGAUUACUUCCAAGAGUAG